CGAGCGCGGCCGUCGUCGCGUCGUCGCCAUGAUGAACGAUCUCCUCGCCGAGGUCAAGAAGGACGAGCCUUCCGGUACCGAGGGAGGCGGCGCCGCCGCCGGUGCCGCGCAGAAGAAGGACACCAAGGCGUCGAAGAAGAAGGACGGCGCGGGCAAAGGGGCGGCCCCCGCGUCCGCGUCGGACGUCGAGAACCCGCCCCCACCAGCUUCGGGCGCGGGCGACGACGUCUCCAUGGACGCCUUCUUCGCGGACGUCACGACCGUGAAGGGCAUCCUGGAGCAAAUACGCCGCGCGCUAGUGAAGCUGAACGCGAAGCACGAGGAGAGCAAGAGCGUCACGCGGAGCGAGCGCAUGAAGCAGAUGCGCGACGACAUGAGCGCCAUAAUCGAGCAGACGUCGCGCGAGGCGCGCGAGUGCAAGCUGCGCCUGGAAAAUCUGGACGCGACAAGCGCGGAGGCGUCGAAGCUCCCGGGGAAAGGCCCCGGUUCGAGCCAAGAGCGCACGCGGACCGCGAUCGCGUCGUCGCUGAAGAUGAAGCUCAAGACGCAGAUGGCGGAGUUCCAGGACUUGCGGUCGCGACUGCAGACGGAGUACAAAGAGGUCGUGGAGCGGCGGUACUUUGCCGUGACGGGGGAGGCGGCGGACGAGGAGACGUUGGACCACCUCAUCGAGACCGGGGAGAGCGAGAGCAUGUUCCAGAAGGCGAUCAUGGAGCAAGGGAGGGGGCAGAUUUUGGAGACGGUGGCGGAGAUACAGGAGCGGCAUCACGCGGUGAAGCAGUUGGAGCGGAAGCUCAUGGAGCUGCAUCAGAUUUUUCUGGACAUGUCGGUGUUGGUCGAGGCGCAGGGGGAGAUGCUGGAUAACAUCGAGAACCAGGUUGGGAAGUCGGUGGAGUACGUGCACAAGGGGCACGCGAGCUUGGUGCAGGCGAGGAAGUACCAGAAGAGCAGUCGGUGGUGGAUGUGCUGCUCGCUGAUCAUCGUCACGAUCAUCGCCAUGGCGGUGAUUUUGCCCGUCGUGAAGCCGUGGAGCGCGUGAGCGUUUUGAACGGCGGAGCGAACGAGAUCUUAUAGACGUGAUGACGCGUGACGAGAGAGUGGCUUUUGGCGCUCUCGCGGCGGCGGGCGGGUGGGCGCGCGCGGGCGCGGGAGGACGCAGCCCUGCUCGUCGCGCCGCGUGCAUCUCUGUUCUUCUCUACGUGUUCUAAGCUGUAUUUG